CCUGAAACCCUGCCUCUGUCUCUCCCCAUGCAGUCAAAUGGCUGGGACGCGAAUGAGAUGUUUCGUUUCAACGAGGAGACUUAUGGGGUCAAGACUACAUACGACAGCAGUCUCUCUUCCUACACGACCCCGCUGGAGAAGGAUAACUCGGUUGAGUUCCGUCAGCGAGAGGCCCGUGCGGCCCAGUUAGCGAAGGAGAUUGAAGCCAGCCCCCAGUACCGUGUGCGGAUAUCCAUGGAGAACGACGAAGGCAGGACUGACGAGGAGAAGUUCAGCGCGGUCCAGAGACCUCCCUCCGACCGGGAUAGCCCCGGAUUCGGCUCCAGGGACAGCAAACACAUCCCCCUCCCCCAGCGUAGCCGGGAGGGGCCCAUGCGUGGCGGAGGAGGAGGAGGUUUGAGGUCAAAUGUCCCGAGGGGGGGCCGAGUACCCUCUGGUUCCCUCCCUCCCCGCGGGGGGCUGCACCACCCUGACUCCAGUUCCAGCCCGUCUGCAGAACAGCGCGUCAUCAAUGGAGGUCAGUCUCGGAUGUCUCCGAAAGCCCAGCGGUCCACACGAGGGGGGAAGCCGAUGAUGGGUCGUGGCGGAGCUCUCUCGGACGUCUCUCCCCACCCUCCUGCUGCAGGUACCAGCCGGUCGUACCACCCCCGCUCUCCAAAGUCAGGCUCCGUGGGGCCCGGGCCCACCUCGCAGGACCUCCCUCCCUCGGCUCCAUCGCCGUCCUCGCCCCCCGAGGGGAGGGGGCCACCCCCUCCUGCCUCGGGCCCCCUCGAAACCACCACCACCACCACGACCUCCUCCUCCUCCUCGCCCUGUCCCCCGGCCUCGAAACCAGCCAACCCGUCUCCCCUGUUCACUGAAGCGAAGGAACCGAGCGGCAGCGGAGGCGCAGAUUUGAACAGGCCCUCGGACUCCUCACCAGCGAGGCCACUGGAGUUCAAGGCGACGGUGAAAGGCCUGCUACAGUCCCCUUCCGACCACAAGAGAAACCAAAUCGAGGAACUGAAGAAAUUUGGCGAAGACUUCAGGCUCCAGCCGCCUGUCCCGGAGUUGGGGAGCCCCCGGUUGAAGGAGGGGGCUGAGAAGACCAAGGAGCCGGUGGAGGAGAAAGCGGCCGUGUCCGCUGCAGCCGCAGAGGUCCCCGGGGGCCCUGCGGCCUCCGGCCUUGCACCCGAGCCCCAGGAGAGGCACGACGAGAAGAAGGAGACGCCAGAGGCGAACGAGGGGGCUCUGAGCCCCUCCAGCCCCCAGGGCAAAUGUGAGAGCAGCGAGGAAGAGAAGGAGGGCGUCUCAGAACAAGUGAAGAAAUCGACAUUAAAUCCAAACGCAAAAGAAUUUAACCCCACCAAGUCCCUGGCCCCUGUGAGCAAGCCAGCAAGCACGCCAACCCCGCCGAGACCCCAGACACAGCCCAGCCCGUCCAUCAUGGUGACUCCAGGACAGAGUGCCAUCUACAACACUCAGUACAUCUCCUACGUGCACGGCAUUCACCAUGGGCUGCACGUGAACCCUGCUGUGCAGGGUCCCCAAGUUUACCAGUAUACCAUUCCUCCUGUACAAGUCAGCCAGAGUAAACCCUUCAGGAGCACUAAAGGUUCUGUGGCUCCACAGCGAUCCGAACAGCAGCACCCUCCAUCGGCCCCUCCAAUACUCCAGGCAGCGUCUGCUGCAGGCCCUCCGCUCGUGGCUGGUCCCUACUCCCCUCCGUACCUCCCAUACAGUCCGCAGCAGUUCACAGCCCAACCUGCCAUGAUGCAGGCAAUGGCUCAAUAUCACUCUCAGCCAGUAUUUGCCUCCAUGAUCCAGAGUAACCCGCGGAUGAUUGGAUCAGCAGCUCACCCUCAGGCCAUUGUGUCGAGCUCUGGGCCACAGUACCCAUCUGCAGAGCAGGGCCCACCCCAGGCCAUGUACGUGUCUGCCGGCGUUCCCCAGCCUUACACACACGCUGCUCCCCUGCACCAUCACACCGCUCACCCACAGCCAGCAACAACGCCUACUGGGAGUCAGCAACAGAGUCAGCACGCAGCUCCCAGCCCCGUGCAGCACCAGCAGCAUCAGACGAACCAGCCGCCACAUCUGAGCAGUGCCCCAGCCCAGCAGAGCCUGUACCAUGCUGCCCUGACCCCUACCCCUCCCUCCAUCACCCCUGGGCCGAACCCCCAGUCUCCUCAGAGCAGCUUCCCCCAGCAGGCUGUGUACGCCAUUCAUCCCCAUCAGCAGCUUCAACACGGCUACAGUAACAUGUCACAUGUUACACAGGCUCACGUACAGUCAGGAUUGGCAGCUCCCCACCACCAUCCCGGUGCCUCUCACCCUCCCCAGGUAAUGCUACUGCCUGCACCCCAGACCCACGGGCACGGAGGGCCCGCACAGCAGGGAGUCACUCACAGCGGGGUGCCGACCAUGUCUGCCUCAGCUGCCACACACUACACCUACAUCGGGCACCACCAAGUUCCAGUGCAGUCCCAUCAGCAGCAGUUAUUCCAUCCCCAGGGGAACUGAAGGAGCCGGUGCAUUGUGUGAGCUUGAUUUCCUGAUGGUCGCUGAAGCAGAUCGAGGAGCUCUGUCAGUCCCACCACCUCCUCUCCCUGUUCUCUCUGUGCUCCAGCUCCUCACUCUCCUCUCCCUGGGCUGUGCUGCCGAGUGAUCACUGUAAUUUAUCUCCUGCUCUUCCAGCCAUGGGAGACAGCGGCCAAACUCCAGGACUGUUCCAUGCCCCCUUUCUCUUCCCCCAGCCUCACCCCCUCUAUUCCCCACCCUACCCUCCUCCUCCAACCCUCCCUCUUCCUCCCUCGUCCCCCCCCUUUCUC